UGAAAGCCAUUUUGUUUUUCAGGGUUCUUUGCAAGGGUACCUAAGGAGAAUUCGCGUCGUCCAGCCCAGCCGCCGUUGCUUUUGUCUUAGCUACAGGUCCGCGAUGUUUUCCUUGGCCAAAAACGCUGUAAGCCGUCUCCAAGUUCGAAGCAUUCAGCAAACAAUGGCAAGGCAGAGCCACCAGAAAAGAGCACCUGAUUUCCAUGACAAAUAUGGUAAUGCUAUAUUAGCUGGUGGAAUCACUUUUUGUCUUGCUACAUGGACUUAUACAGCAACACAGGUUGGAAUCGAAUGGAACCUGUCCCCAGUUGGCAGAGUCACCCCAAAGGAAUGGAGAGAUCAGUAAUCAUGCCAGCUUCUGUACUACUGAAUUAUUUCAAAACCAACUCAUAAUCGAUGCUGAAUGAAAGCCCUAUAUACUUAAUGAAAAUGUGAUAUAUUGAAGGAAUAAAAUAUAUUUGAAACCUCCAUUGUA